CAAAGUCAUGCUGCACACAGUCGUCUCAUGCUGGCAACCAUUCCUGGGACUGGCCCUGGUGGCUGUGUUCAUGGGUUCGACUCUGGGAUGCCCCUCACGCUGUGAGUGCUCCGCCCAAACCAAGGCCGUCGUCUGCCACCGUAAGAGGAUGCCCACCAUACCUGAUGGCAUCCCGACGGAAACAAGGAUCCUGGACCUCAGCAAGAACAAGCUGACCAUGAUCAACCCAGAUGACUUCAUGAACUUUCCUGGGCUGGAGGAGUUGGACCUCAGUGGGAAUAUUAUCAGUUACGUGGAACCAGGAGCUUUUAACGCACUGUAUAACAUGCACUCCCUCAGUCUGAAGAGCAAUCGAAUCAAGCUCAUUCCGUUGGGUGUCUUUGCGGCGCUGACCAAUCUGACCCGGUUAGAUAUAAGUGAUAACAAAAUCGUCAUACUGUUAGAUUACAUGUUCCAGGACCUGCACAAUCUAAAGUUUUUGGAAGUCGGCGACAAUGAUCUGGUCUACAUUUCGCACCGUGCGUUUAGUGGACUCAUGAGUUUGGAGAUUCUUACCUUGGAGCGGUGCAAUUUGACCGUUGUACCGACCGAAGCACUUUCUCACCUGCACAACCUGGUCAACCUUCAUCUUCGUUACCUCAGCAUCAGCACUUUGCAUCCCUACUCCUUCAAGAAGCUAUUUCGACUGCGGCAUUUGGAAAUCGACAACUGGCCUUCCCUGGACCACGUUCCGGCGAAUACGUUGCACGGUCUCAACCUUACCACUCUGUUUAUUACCAACACCAACUUGUCAUCUUUUCCAUAUCAAGCUUUGAAACACUUUCUGUUCCUAACCCACCUUAACUUAUCCUACAACCGAAUUCGACAUAUUGAAGGCGGGAUGCUUUCGGAGUUGGUUCGCCUUCGGGAGUUACACAUGGUCGGGGCGCAGCUUACCGCAAUAGAACCGUACGCAUUCCAAGGACUGCGACAGCUUAAAGUCCUCAAUGUCUCUCACAACCGUCUAGACACGUUAGAGAAGGGAGUGUUCCAAUCUCCGGAGACCCUUGAAGUCCUUUUGAUCGAUAACAACCCCUUGGUGUGCGAUUGCCGUCUCAUGUGGAUACUGCAGAAAAGACAUUCUAUAUUCUUUGGAGAAUCACAACCAGAAUGCAGCACGCCUGAGGGAAUCCGAGGACGGCCUUUUAAGGAAUUUAAGGAAACGUUGCUGUCUUAUUACGUAACAUGCACCAAGCCAAAAAUCCGUGAGAAUAAAACGCAAACAGUUACAGUUGAUGAGGGCCAGCAAGCUAUCCUACGCUGCAGCGCCGAAGGGACACCAAGACCCAUAAUAUCUUGGCUUUCCCCGCGAAGGAGAGUCUUGACGAGUAGGAAUCAUGGAAGGGUUGCAGUCCACAAUAAUGGCACUCUGGUGAUUAAAUCAGCGGAGAUACAGGAUAGUGGCGUGUACCUUUGCCUAGCAUCCAACACCGCAGGGAAUGACACCCUCAUGACCUCCUUAGCUGUGAAGAGCCUUGGUUCCUUGUAUGCAAACAGGACCCUCUACUACACGGACCUGAGCAAUUCCACCACCAACUCAACCAACAACAUCACCUUGGGGUUGAACCUAAAGACUAUUCUGGUGUCGACGGCCAUGGGGUGUUUUACGUUCCUGGGAGUGGUUUUGUUGUGUUUCGUCCUUCUCUUCGUGUGGAGCAGAGGUAGAGGAAAUCAUAGAAAUAACAUUGACGUUGAGUAUAUCCCUCGUUCACAGUCCAACGGAACCAACGUGGAUUCAGCAGAGGGUCAAGCUGCCGGCCGUCGAUUCAACAUGAAAAUGAUGUGA